AUGGCAUCAAGGAAAAAGGUUUUAUUGAAAGUGAUCAUCCUGGGAGAUAGCGGUGUUGGUAAUAAAGUAGAUUUGGAAAACCGCGCAGUAUCAGCCAAGCGCGCACAACAGUGGUGUCAAAGCAAAAAUGAUAUCCCAUAUUUUGAAACAAGUGCCAAAGAAGCCGUGAAUGUUGAGUUGGCUUUUCAGACUAUUGCUCGCAAUGCGUUGGCACAGGAAAAGGAAGCUGAGUUGUACAAUGAGUUCCCUGAUCAAAUCAAGCUUAAUGCUAAUGAUAAUGGUCGCAACAGAGAUGGAGAUAAUUGUGCUUGC